AUGGCUGUGACAAAGCAUCUACGAGACCCCCCUCCCCUGGACGAGCUUGCAGCUGUGAUUGAGAAAGCCCUUUUAUCCAAUUUUAAAACUGCAAGUGCAACAGUUGCUGAGUGUCCAGACCUUGAACAACCACCUUUCAACCUCGCUGCAUCUGGGCUUUCCGGAAAUCCUCGAAUAGCGGACAUAGGUGGACAACAACAUCUCUUCCCUAGACCGAUCCUCAAUGCCAAAUAUUCGCUAGUUUCUCUGGCCCAAGAUAUGGAAAUGUCCCCUAUGGCAGGUUUUAUUCUUGGGGCAGGCGCCGCUCCAUUUCAGGAUAUUGGUCAAAACGCCGAGCUGGCGCCCAAUCUAUCCUGGAGAUCAAGCGAAAAAGCACCCAGCUUUGAUGAUCCAAGCUUGCUGACCUUCGACAAUGGCACACGGGUGAUCAAGGUCCAGAGAGACCGAGAUCAUACGCCGCUAUGUGAUCGUGCAUCGAGUACAAAUUGCGCGUUGAUGGUCAACCUCUUCGGAUCAGAUGGAGACACUGGCCCUGUUCUCAAAAUCAAUGCCAAGGCGCGGAAGGGAGAAGAUAAUUUCACCGACUGUUUACGUUAUGGCUUGCAAAAGGUCUAUGGGGAUUCCAAACCAAUCAGUCUUGGUGGGGUUUUUCUUUUGAAAUCUGGGAAAGCCAAGUUUCACAUCAUGCCUGACUUUCCCCCGGAAGAUCAGUUGCCAUUUCGAGAUCGCAAGCAGUUAGAAACGGAAUGGCUGUCAUAUCAUAUAUUCCAGGCCCCUAUAGUCUGCCUGACUGUGAUGCACAGUAGUGACCCGGAAGGAUUGGGGUUAAGAAUGGAGCAUACUCACUGCUUUGGCGCAAAUGGGACCACCAAAGGAGGUCAUUACCAUUAUGAUAUUCAGGAUGGAGAUGAGGAUGUUGAGUACGAGGCUUACCUUAAUGUCGCAUCUGUGGUUUAUAGGGUAGAUCGGCCCGGUAUUUAG